AUGGCCACCAUCACUUGCCCCUCAGCGGGACUCUCGCUCUCUGCUGAGCGCCCAAAGAACAUCGAAACGCAACACGAAGACAUGGUGCAUGACGCACAACUCGACUUCUACGGCAAGCGUCUUGCAACUUGCUCCUCGGACCGCACGGUCAAGGUGUUGGACAUUGUCAACGGCACGCCUUCUACCAACGCAGAGACUCUUGAGGGACACCAGGGUCCAGUCUGGCAGGUCGCUUGGGCGCAUCCCACGUUUGGCGACAUCCUGGCUAGCUGCUCGUACGAUGGCAAGGUGAUUAUCUGGAAGGAUAACGGUGCAGGCUCGGGCAACAACACUGCUUCAGGACGGUACGGUUCUCAGUCAGCAUACGGCGCUUCUGGAUACACAGCGGGCGGAUGGACAAAGAUCAAGGAGCACACCCUUCACACGGCCUCUGUCAACUCGAUCUCAUGGGCUCCUCACGAGCUGGGUUCGAUGCUGGCAUGUGCUUCUUCCGAUGGCAAUCUUUCCGUUCUCACCUUCAACAAUGACGGUACUUGGGCUGUGGACCUUGUAGCUGCACACCCUGUCGGAUGCAACGCCGUCUCUUGGGCACCUGCUGUCGUGCCUGGCUCUCUGAUUUCGGCAGAGUGUAGUGGUGCUAACGCAUCCGGAGCGAGUGGGGAAGCAAAGCUGGUGAAACGAUUUGCAUCGGCUGGAUGUGACAACACGGUCAAGAUUUGGCAGUUUAGCGAAGAAGCCCACCGCUUUGUCGAAGCCGAGUCGCUGCAAGGACACUCGGAUUGGGUUAGAGAUGUGGCUUUCGCUCCCAAUGUCGGCCUUCCGCGCAGCUACCUCGCCACCGCUUCGCAAGACCGUACUGUUUUGAUCUGGACGCAGGACUCUGCCAAUGGAGCAUGGACAAAGACUGCAUUGAACGCGAGACCUGCUUCCGGGGCUGCGGGGGAUGGUAGUAACAAAUUCCCCGAUACUGUUUGGAGGGUAAGCUGGAGUGUCAGUGGUAACGUGCUCGCAGUGAGCUGCGGUGAUGGCAAGAUUACGUUGUGGAAGGAGAACCUUAAGGGCGCUUGGGAGUGUGUUAGCGAGAUGGACUCCUAG